AUGAGCAGUGUGGUGCGGACCGAGCGGCUGCGCGGGGAGGCCCCGCUGCGGCUGCCCGGCGACCCCUUCUCCGUGGUGGUUCUGCUGCGGGGCUACGUGGAGCCGGAGGGAGUGGGCGGCGCCGUGCGCGCCGACGGCUCGGUGACCCUCAUCCUGCCCUGCGCCUCCAGUCGCCUCCAGCCGCGGCCCGAGAGCGGCGAGGCCAAGACCGCCCUGGAGGAGGCCGCCCGGGGCCCCAUCCUCGUGGACACCGGAGGCCCCUGGGCCCGGGAGAGGCUCCUGAAGGCCCUGGCGGAGCAGGGCGUGGCCCCCGCCAACGUGACUCUGGUGGUGGGAACCCACGGACACUCGGAUCACAUCGGGAACUUGGGGCUGUUCCCAGGGGCCGCCCUGUUGGUCUCGCACGACUUCUGCCUCCCCGGGGGCCGCUACCUUCCCCACGGGCUCGGGGAGGAGCGGCCCCUGCGGCUGGGGCCGGGACUCGAGGUGUGGGCCACGCCCGGCCACGGGGGCCAGCGGGACGUGAGCGUGAUGGUGGCGGGCACGGUCAUGGGCACCGUAGCAGUGGUGGGCGACGUGUUUGAGAGCGAUGGGGACGAGGACUUCUGGCAGGCCUUGAGCGAAGACCCGGUGGCCCAGGAGCGGAGCCGGAAGAGGGUCCUGGGCACUGCCGACGUGGUCGUGCCUGGUCACGGAGCGCCCUUCAGGGUGGUCAGGGAAGCCUGGAAUCCAGAGACAAAGGAUCCUGUGGCCACAAACGAGGAGGAGACCGGGAAGACUCUGGGCGCCUGCGAAAACAGCCCCCCCACCCAACCCCCCAGCCAAGGAACUGCCGUCUAG